GCCUCUAGUCAGUUUCUUUCACACGGCUAAUUGCGCUGCUUGCUGUGGUUCCACCGCGUCGUUCUUAUGGCAGACGACUUCGACACGGAUGCUGCAUUGGCAGGUCUGUCGAAGGAGGAGCUAGAAGAGCUGGCUCAAGACAUCGAUCCUGAUAAUGACUUGCUGCCAGCUCGUGACAGAAUGCCCAACCAAACGUCAAAGAAACCAAGCGGAAAGUAUGACCGUAGCCAUCUCACCAACUACCUGGUUGACUCUGCAAAGGCAUCGACAGUCGGCAGUGACUACGUGACGUACGAGAAGAAAACAAGAGGUCGAGUGUACGAACCGAAGAGAAAACCAAAGGCAACAUCAGAUGACAUGGACGAAAUUGAGAAGCUUUUGUUGGGAAUGUCUGAGAGUGAUUUGGGAGAGUUAGCUGAGGUGCUGGACACUGACAGUAUUCCUGUUUCCACACGAAAGAGCUCGACGAGCAAACAAAGAUUUGGAUCUUCACGUGCAGUAGUUACGUACUCGUACACUGCAGGAGCUAAUGGAGAAGAAGAGGAAUCAGUUGAUGACAUUCUAGAGAGAAUCCAAGACAACGAUUCGACCCUCACUGAAGUCAAUGUCAACCAUCGUCGAUUGGACAGCGAGACACGACAGCAAUUAGUACGAUCUCUACCAUUCAACAAACACAUCAAGAAACUUCUUUUAGCAAACACUCAGAUGGAUGAUAACGACGCAAGAGUUUUGGCGAAUCAUUUGGAGAAGAACGAGACGAUAAGGAUUGUGAAUUUGGAGUCUAAUCGCCUCACUGGUGCUGGAGUGAGGGACAUCAUGAGAGCUUUGGUAAAGAACGACACUGUUGAAGAGCUGAGACUUGAAAACCAGUACAAUCCACUUGGAACCAGAACUGAGAUGGAUGUGGCUUGCUUCCUUGAGAAGAACACACAUCUGUUGAAGCUUGGAUUGUCAAUUAAGGGUGGAGGAGCACGUCAGAAGGUUGACACGUAUUUGUUGAGAAACAAUGAUUCAGCUCGUCAAAGACGUCGUCUCAGCAGCCACAGUUAGUAUCCUGUAGAUUUUUCAGUUUGAAUUUUGACUGGUGACAGUAAGAUUGACUUUGAAUGACAGAUUUCUACUAGCUGUGAGAAUGACAAUAGAAUGUAGGGUUUAUGUAAGGUAGAGAGAGAUGAAAAUGCAACACACAAUACACUCAAUGAAAUGCAAUGAAAUGA